UAGAACGUAGUAAACAAUAAUUAACCAGCAGUCCUAUAGUAUAUAUAAAAUUAAGGAUAUGAACGAGAAGAUCUACCUUUGCAUCUCCUUCACUGAAUGGGUAGAGUAGCAUUCCUUCUUUCAGAAACAAAGAGUUGGUUUGAGAGGAGGCUGAGCUGCAUUGAGGAUGGAUGUCUCAGAUGCAGUGCAAUGGUGGGAGGAGUGGCAGCUGCGAAUCCUCGUCCUGGGAAGCCUUUUCCUGCGCUACUUCCUUUACUUCGCCGCCCCUUUGCGUAAGCAUUGUAUCCCAUCUUGGUUCAGAUUCAUAAUAUGGUUGGCCUACCUAGGCAACGAUGCUCUAGCGAUAUAUGCGCUGGCUGUCCUCUUCAACCGCCAUAAGAAGCAAGAAUGGGUUUCCGCCCACCGUGAGGAUGCUAGCUUGGAGGCGUUGUGGGCACCCAUCCUAUUGGUGCACCUAGGUGGGGUGGAUGCCAUAACAGCCUAUAACAUAGAAGACAAUGAGCUAUGGAGGCGGCAUAUCCUAACAUCAUUAUCUCAGGCCUCUGUAGCCAUAUAUGUGUUCCAGAAGUCAUGGUCAGGUGACAAGGGAUUGUUGGGAGCAGCGAUUUUGAUUUUCCUUGCGGGAUUUCUUAAGUGCUUUGAGAAACCAGUGGCCCUAAAGAGCGCUAGCAUUAGCAGCCUCAUGAACACUAUUAGCCCAGAUACCGAAGAUGAUUACGAUAUUACAGAUGAGCUAUACUAUCCGUUUGUAGACAUGGCACCCAGAAGAUUUGGGGGGCGGGAGGAGAGUCUUCCAAAAACAAGACUUGUUCGGGGGUGCAAGCAUGAUGACUUGCGAACAGCUCUCUCCUUCGCCUUCCAUCGACUCUACACCAAGGAACAAGUAUCCAGCACCACGAUGAAAUUCAUUGAUCAUAUAACAGAUUUAAAGCGCCUCCGUCGGAGGCGCGUAUUUGGUUACUUGCUGCGGCUGGUGGUGAAUCCGAUGAUAUUCACGGCCCUCGGGCUCUUCCACACGAGCCACAGAAGAAGAGCUUACAACAGCGUCGACGUCAAGGUUACAUACACUCUGCUGUCCUGCACUGCUAGUUUGGAGUACUUCGGAUGCUUUUGGCAUUGUGUUGUUAAUUGUUUAUCGUGUUAUUGGGCCUAUGUGACUCUUGUUCUUCAUGUGAGCAGUCAGCAAAGUAUAUUCUCACCAUGGCCUGAUCGUAUUGCCCAGUACAGCCUCAUAGGAUACUUGGCCAGCAAGAGGAAGCACAGGUUCCUCACCAGCAUCACCGCCAUCCUCGGCUGCGAGGACUACCUCGACCCGCUCUGGUGUAAGAAGCCGUAGAAGUCGUCCCAUCACAUUACACGGCUUG